AUGACGUUCAAACCGAAAUCAAAGUUUAAGUCCGGGUCUAGGACGUCUAAAAACUGGCUUUCCAGAUUUUUAAAGAUGUGUGGCUUUCCAACGAGACUGGGUCCCUUCAGUCGUCUACAGGGUAGACUGAUUGUCAUUAUCAGUGGGAUGCUGCUGUCACUUUACCUAUUGAGCAACUUGUUCACCUUCGGGCAUGUAGCGCGGAGAACCUAUCCAGUGGAACAUGGUCACUACAUCAAUGAGAUCCCAGCGUCUAGUUCUUUGAUAUAUCCAGCUAUUGAACACGCACCUGUGUUGAAAGAGAUUGGUGUGAGAGGUCUAUUUACUUUAAGAACUGAUGUUGAGGGACGAUCGUCUUAUAUCUUGAAUCCAUCAGAUAAGCCUUUGUCCGAUGAUGAAAAGAAAAAGACAUCUGAUCAGAUCCUGCUGGUGAAGAAAUCGUUUUUGGAUCAUGGUAAGUUGGUUUACCGCAAGAGUGUUGCCACUCCUGAAAUCGUUAUAGUCACAUUGCUUGAUUUCGAGAGUUUUGACUUAGAUACUAUUGUCUCUGUCGUUCAAAACAGAGUCGAUUACGCACAAAGGCACAAGUAUGGUGUCUACAUGCGUUGGAUCCAAGAGUUCACACCACUUCUGGAAAAUCAGGAACUACAAGCCUCUCAAGAAUUCAUCAAACCACUUAUUAUGAGGGCUGCAAUUCAUGCUUUCCCACAAGCAAAGUAUGUGUUCUUUGUCGAUCAACAUUCAUUGAUUAUGAAUUUGGAUUUGACAUUGCAACAACAUUUGCUAGAUCCUUCAGUGCUCGAUAUGGCUUUGCUGAAGAACGUUCCUGUGACUCCAAACUCAAACAUCAAGACUUAUCAGCAUUUUAACGUCGAAACCACAAGAAUUAUAAUACCUCAAAGUCCAAGCGGACAAUUAGAUCUGUCGUCGAUAGUCGUCUCCACAGACCUCUACGGUAAGGCAUUCUUAGAAUACAUGAUUGAUCCUCUCUUCAGAAGUUACGACUGGGAAGGUUUUUCUUCCAGUGUGGCGCAUUUUCUACAAUGGCACCCACAAUUUCUCGGUAAAACCGCACUCGUGAUCCAGAAACUUAUUGCAGCACCAUUUGACGUAUCCAAACCACUAGAUCAAGCCACUUCCGAUGAUACUCUAGAUGCCGUACACUACAGUCCAGGCGACUUUGUCGUGUCGCUUAAGGGCUGUAAACUAAGAGGCACCUGCGCAGCAGACAUCGCAUUCUACUACAACAGCAUCCAGAAAAACUAA